CAAAAGCUAGGAAGCUCAUUGGUUAGGUUAGCUUAAUCGGCGAUCUAUUAAAUUAAUGACGAUGAUAAAAUUUAUGACUAAAAUAAAAAAAUUCUGACUUCUUUAAAACACCUUCUUACAAACAGAAGCUCACUUUUUCAGUAGAUGCAUGUCCGAGUCCCAGUCUCUCAGAAAAAAAAAGCAAAAAAUCAAACAUACAGAAAAAGAGAUAAAGGGAGAGAGAGAUACUCCAUGUUCGAAACAGAGCAUACUCUCGUGCCUCUUCUUCUACUCCCAUCACUUCUAUCUCUUCUCCUCUUCUUGAUUCUCUUGAAGAGAAGAAGUCGACACAGUUUCAAUCUCCCUCCUGGAAAAUCUGGAUGGCCAUUUCUAGGCGAAACCAUCGGAUAUCUCAAACCUUACUCUGCCAAAACUCUCGGUUACUUCAUGCAACAACAUAUCUCCAAGUAUGGGAAGAUAUAUAGAUCGAAUUUGUUUGGAGAACCAACGAUCGUAUCAGCUGAUGCAGGACUCAACAGGUUCAUAUUACAAAACGAAGGAAGACUCUUCGAAUGUAGUUAUCCUCGAAGUAUUGGUGGGAUUCUUGGGAAAUGGUCGAUGCUUGUUCUUGUUGGAGACAUGCAUAGAGACAUGAGAAGUAUCUCGCUAAACUUUCUAAGUCACGCUCGUCUCAGAACGAUUCUUCUUAAAGACGUUGAGAGGCACACUUUGUUCGUUCUUGAUUCUUGGCAACAACAUUCUGUUUUCUCUGCCCAAGAUGAGGCCAAAAAGUUUACGUUUAAUCUAAUGGCGAAGCAUAUAAUGAGUAUGGAUCCUGGAGAAGAAGAGACAGAGCAGUUAAAGAAAGAGUAUGUGACUUUCAUGAAAGGGGUUGUUUCUGCUCCUCUCAAUCUCCCAGGAACUGCUUAUCGUAAAGCUCUCCAGUCACGAGGGACGAUAUUGAAGUUUAUUGAGAAGAAAAUGGAAGAGAGAAAAUCAGAGAUUCAAGAAGAAGACGAAGAAGAUGAAGCAAAGAUUAGUAGAAGUGAUCAUUAUGAGAGAAAACAUAGAGCAGAUGAUGAUCUUUUGGGAUGGGUUCUAAAACAUUCCAAUCUUUCGACUGAGCAAAUUCUCGAUCUUAUUCUCAGUUUAUUAUUUGCCGGACAUGAGACAUCAUCUGUAGCCAUCGCUCUCGCUAUCUACUUCUUGCAAGCUUGUCCUAAAGCCGUUCAAGAACUUAGGGAAGAGCAUCUUGAAAUCGCGAGGGUGAAGAAGGAACUUGGAGAGUCAGAAUUGAAUUGGGAUGAUUACAAGAAAAUGGACUUUACUCACAGUGUUAUAAAUGAGACUCUUCGACUAGGAAAUGUAGUAAGGUUUUUGCAUCGUAAAGCACUCAGAAACGUUCGGUACAAAGAAAUAGGAUACGAUAUCCCAAGGGGGUGGAAAGUGUUACCAGUGAUCUCAGCCGUACAUUUGGAUAAUUCCCGUUACGACGAACCUAAUCUCUUUAAUCCUUGGAGAUGGCAACAGGUUUUGGUAGAUUAGAUUUGACCUACGAUGGUACCACGGCAUUGACGGAUCUCACAUCACACGCUCGACGACUCGUACGUGUAGUAUUAGGUUCUGACACGUUGACCAGUCUCACUCUCUAGUAAAUAAUUUAUCAAAUCGGCGAAGUAUAAAAAAACAAUUAUGUUGUGGGAUAGUCAUAUUUUGUUUAAAUAAAAUAAUAAUGGGAGUUAUGAUGUUAGAGUGAGUGGGGAAGGUAUGAUUAAUGACCCACGUUGUGUGGUGCCAACAUGCACGUGUUCUUCUUCACUUUUCUCUCUACUUGCUCUCUAAAACUGUUUGUCGUUUUGACGAGCAGCAAAACUCCGGGACGUCGUCUUUGUCAGGAUGUGGUAGUUUUUCGACGUGGGGGAACAACUUCAUGCCGUUUGGAGGAGGGCCUAGGCUAUGUGCUGGUUCAGAAUUGGCGAAGCUAGAAAUGGCAGUGUUUAUUCAUCAUCUUGUUCUUAAUUUUAGUUGGAAAUUAGCAGAAGAUGAUCAACCAUUUGCUUUUCCUUUCGUUGAUUUUCCUAAAGGUUUGCCAAUUAGGGUUUCUCGUAUUCUGUAAAAAAAAGGAUAAAAAAUAUUUCAUUUUAUUCCUUUUUAAUUAUAUUUAAUAAUUUUUACCCGAUGGAAAAAAGUUGGAUAAUAUACGAGAAAUUCGACUUUUGGUUAA